AUGGCCGCCACGAUCACGCUCCGCUCGUCCGACGACGAGACCUUCGAGGUCGACGAGGACGUCGCUUUCCUGUCGGAGACGAUUAAAUCCAUCAUCGAGGACACGGAGAACGACGCGCCGGUGCCGCUGCCGAACGUGAACUCGAAGAUUUUGACCAAGGUGAUCGAGUACUGCAAGUAUCACGUCAAGGCGAAGAAGGAGAACGAAUCCGAGGCGAACGUGAAGGCGUUCAACAACGAUUUCGUCAAGGUGGACCAGGCGACGCUGUUUGAAAUCAUUCUGGCGGCGAAUUACUUGAACAUGAAGGGGCUGCUGGACUUGACGUGCAUGACGGUGGCGAACAUGAUGAAGGGGAAGACGCCGGAGGAGAUUCGUAAGACGUUUAACAUCAAGAAUGAUUUCACGCCCGAGGAGGAAGAGGAGGUUAGGAAGGAAAAUCAAUGGGCGUUCGAUUAA